AUGCAAGCUUACCAAGAUUAUCUUAAUGCUUAUCAACAAAAGACAUCUCUUUAUAAUAUUACAAAAGAUGAAGAAAACAGAACUAAUUUAAUUAUUUAUAACACUGAAACUGACACCCAAGAAGUCAAAAUAUUUCAGACUCCAAAAUCAAUAGACGUAGGCACUUGCAUAACUCAACUUCCAAAUGGCAAGCUAUUCUGCUUUGGUAAUUAUGAACUUUCUCGAACUACAGGACUAAUUGAUGUGAACGGUGGAAUCGAAGUGCUGCCAUCUGGAACUUGUAGCAACUGCCCAACAUGUAUCUAUUUUAACAACAGCGUCUAUUCCUUUGGAGGAGAUAAUGAAAAGGGAUUAACUCUAUCUAGUAGAUUUGAUUUUGAUCGAAAUCGAUGAAUUCAAUUAGCUCCAAUGCCAAGAGCUGAUUAUCGGUGCAAUAGUAUAAUAUUUAAUAGAAAUAUUUUGAUUUCUGGAUGAUAUAAUACAAAUCUUUUGCUAUACUCAAUUGAUAUUGAUUCUUUCUCGACAAUACCUUAUGAGUUUAAAGUAUAUACAAGAAAGAUCUUGAUAAAUGCAGAGAGACUAUAUUUGAUAGAAUGUAUGCAAGGAUCAAUCUAUGAAAGCGAAAUAGGAAGUUAUUCGAAUUGGAGAAGAAUAGGAAAAUCAAAAAUCGAUUGCAAUCCUGAUCAAGUAUAUUGUUCAUAUAAUAAAGGAGGAAUAUACAUCUCAAAUAUUCAAGGAACAUGCAAAUCAUAUUAUUACUUUAAUUUAGAUAAAAAAAUCAUUAUUGAUGUUGCUUACUAUAAUACACAUGUUUCACUUAGAAGAGCAGGUAAAAAGAUUGAGGCAAUAAAAUGAAAUAACCAGAUCUUUAAGCUCGAUCCUUAUUAUCUGGAUGAAUGAAGUGCAAAAGAUAUUAGUCUAAAGUAUGUAGGAGAAAAUCUAAAAGAAAUCGAAUCCUAUGACGAAGCAAUCAAACUCAAUCCAAAAAAAGCUUAUUUUUAUGAUAAAAAAGGCGACGCUUUUUAUAAUUUAGAAAGAUAUCUAGAAGCUAUCAAAUGUUAUGACAAAGCAAUCAAACUCAAUCCAAAUGAUCCUUAUUUUUACUAUAAUAAAGGUAACGCUUUUUUAAGUUGACAAAGAUACCUAGAAGCGAUCGAAUGUUAUGAAAAAGCAAUCAAACUCAACCCAAAAGAUGGUAAUUUUUACAAUAAUAAAGGAAGAGUUUUUUAUAAUUUACAAAGAUAUCUUGAAGCAAUCGAAUGUUAUGACGAAGCAAUCAAGUACCUUCCAUUGAAGGCUUAUAUUUAUAAUAAUAAUAAAGGCACAGCUCUUUUUGAUUUAGAAAGAUAUCUUGAAGCAAUCGAAUGCUUUGACAAAGCAAUCGAAUGCUUUGACAAAGCAAUUGAAUGCUUUGACAAAGCAAUCAAGCUCAAUCAAACUGAUGCUGAUUCUUACUAUAAGAAAGGAUGCUCUUUAAAUAAAUUAGGAAGAUAUCCAGAAGCAGUAAAAAGCUAUGAUGAAGCAAUCAGAUGCAAUCGAUAUAAUGUCAAGUAUUAUAAUAUAAAAGGCAAUACUCUUUAUAUUUUAGAGAGAUGUCAAGAAGCAAUACAAUGCUAUGAUGAGGCAAUUAAACUUGAACCCAAUAAUCCUUUGCAUUUCUGCUGCCGAGCUAGAGUAUUUAAUAAUCUUAGACAAGAAGAAGCAGCUUUAGAGGAUUUUAAUACUGCUUAUCAUUUGAAGCAAGUAAGUGGUAUUUUCACUGGAAAUGAAUGGAAACUUUCUGAAGAGGAUAUCAAUUUUAUUAACGACGUAUUAGACCGAGACCGUAUUGAACUACUCCUAAAAAUGCAGAUUUAA